CCCACACCACACCUAAUCCACCGGUAUACAAUAAAAUUUCUCCCUCUACUGACCUUACCAACCCUCUCCUCUCUUUCUCUCUCUGUUGUUCUUGUGUUCAUAUUCACUCACAGUUACAGCUUCUCUUGGUUGCAGCCCAUAGUUUUUUGCUCCUUCCAAAAGCUUUAAGGCUUCUUUCAUUCUGCUCUUCCUCAUACCAAACCCCACACUCAUGGGUGGUCAAGGAAAGGUCUUUACUUUGGCUGAGGUCUCUGAGCAUAACCACCACAAAGAUUGCUGGCUUGUUAUUGAGGGGAAGGUAUAUGAUGUGACAAAAUUCAUGGAGGACCAUCCUGGAGGUGAUGAGGUUUUGCUGUCUGCCACAGGGAAGGACGCAACUGAUGAUUUUGAGGAUGUUGGCCACAGCAGCAGCGCAAGAGCAAUGAUGGAUGAAUUCUAUGUUGGUGAGAUUGAUACAUCAACCAUCCCUUCUAGGAAGGCAUAUACUCCUCCUAAGCAGCCUCACUACAACCAAGACAAGACACCAGAAUUCAUUAUCAAGCUCCUCCAGUUCAUAGUUCCCUUGCUGAUCUUGGGUUUGGCUGUUGGUAUCCGCUUCUACACCAAAAAAACUGAAGCAUAAGUGCUGAAACAAUAACUGGGACUUGAAAUUCCAAAAGAUGAUUCAAAUAAGCUCAUGUUAGUUAAUUCUUGUAUCACUGUGGAUCUUUUAGGACGUCUGAGUUUGUGAUGAAUGUGUGCUUGUUUCUCCCUGCCAUUCCCUUUUCCUUGUAAGAGUUCAUGUUGUCAUCUUUCUUCUUCUACCCUUCAUAUGCCAUUGGUAAAAACCAUCUUUCCUCUUAUCACAUAAUAUCAUUGCUGAUUUUGGAAACA